AUGCUUAGUUUGGAUAGCGUUGACAAUUAUGAAAACUUACUUAAAUUUGAUGAAAGGGUCAAAAAACUACUAAAAACUGAUCAAGAAAUAGAAUAUGUUUGCGAAUGGAAAAUUGAUGGUCUGUCAGUCAGUCUUGUCUACCAAAAUCAUCAACUGGUCCAAAUUAGCACACGGGGAAAUGGCGAGGUAGGAGAAGAUGUAACUUUUAACAAAGAAUUAAUAAAAAAUAUUCCUUUUACUCUGCCUGAAACUGCUAAUUGUGAGGUGCGGGGAGAAAUUUAUAUGAAAAAAGAUGAAUUUUUUCGUUUAAACAAAGAAUUAGAAAAAAUUGGCAAUAGGCUGCUCGCUAAUCCUCGUAACGCUGCUUCUGGCAGUUUAAGAACACUUAUUCCACUCCAAAACAGAAAAUUAAACUUUUUUGCUUAUCAAUUACUUAAUAUUGAAUUAGACAGCCAAAUAACUUGUCUAAAAAAACUAGAAAAAUUGGGUUUUGUAGUUAGUCCUAAUUACCAAUUGUGUAAGGGUAUCGAAAAAACUAAGGAAUUUAUCCAAAAAUAUGAAUCAAAAAGAGAAAAUUUAGAUUUUGAAAGCGACGGGAUAGUCAUAAAAGUAAACAAUUAUGAUUUUUAUCAACUACUAGGACAAACCAAGGUAAGCCGUAACGGACGAAUAACUUAUGUGGCCGAAAUAGAACCAGUGACACUACAAGGAAGCAAGAUAAACAAAGUAACACUCCAUAACUAUUCAUUUAUCCGCAAUUUAAAACUAAAUAUCGGGGAUGAAACAGUAAUAAAAAAAGCUGAACAAAAAAGAGAAGAAUUACUAAAACUCGCGGGUUUUCAAAAAAAAAGCGUUGAUAAUAUCUUAACUUCGAUUGAAAAUUCCAAAAAAAAACCUUUAACUAAUCUAUUAACAGCUUUAGCGAUCCUAGUUAAUCUAGUUCGUAAAGGCAGCGAGGUAAACAAUUUCACGGACUUAUUACCUAAUUUGGCGAAAAAAGUACUCGAAGAGGAAUUGCAAAUUAAAGGCGGUCACUACACUAAAAAUCGUUUAUUAGAUAAAUUCCGCUGCCUUCCCUUUGAAGAAAGACAAAAAAGACAAAAUGAAAUUAACACUUUAGUAGAAGUCGAAACUUUACCAGAAAAAAAUGAUAACUUAGCAGGAAUUCAACUUAAUAAACAAGUAAGAAUUAAAGCUAUUCACUUCCAAAAGGUUACUUUUGAUUAUCAAACUCAAAAUAAACCUAUUCUCCACCAUUAUCAACACACUUUUACCAACCAAGAACUUAAUCAGUUAGUUGGUAAAAAUGGAACAGGUAAAAGUACUAUUUUAUAUCUCUUGUUAGGAAUAUUAACUCCUCAACAAGGUCAAAUAGUAGUAGAGACUGAAACAGGCUCUACUUAUAAUUUACAUCAAGAUCUUAAUUUAAAAACUUGA